UAAAAGGGGAAGAGAAAGGGAGAAGGGAACAGAGACAGAGAGAGAGAGAGAGGGAGAGAGAGAGAGAAAGAGAGGGAGAGAGUGGGACCAAGCAGAAGAGCCCGUCUCAGUCCAUGUCUGCUUUUGCUCUCUGCUGUUUGAGAAGAGCCUCCAGUUGGACAUGAUGGGUGUUUCAACUAGAACUUUUUCCAGGGCUGAUCUUUCUGAGUCGCUGAUCUGAGUCUGAUCUGCUGUAUCUGCUGUAAAUCCUGGGGGUCUCCAGUCAUGGGGUGCAUGUUCUCUUUGCCUCAGGACAGACUGGCAGCAGCGGAGAGAGCAGUAACAAUGCAAGAGACCAGCUUCAUAGAGAAAAUGAAGAAAACUAACCGAAAUGUUAUAGUGUUCUAUGGCUCUCAGACGGGCACGGCUGAGGAGUUUGCUAACCGCCUGGUGAAAGAUGCCCAGCGCUACGGUAUAAAAGGCAUGGUAGCUGACCCAGAGGAGUACGACAUGUCUGAGCUCCCUCGUCUGAGAGAGGUUGACAGCUCCCUGGCGGUGUUCUGCAUGGCCACGUGUGGGGAGGGAGAGCCCACUGAUAACGCCCAGGACUUCUACGACUGGAUGCAGAUGACCGAUGACAGUUUAGAGGGAGUCCACUUUGCAGUGUUUGGACUGGGGAAUAAAACCUAUGAUCACUACAACGCCAUGGGGACGUACACGGAUAACCGGCUGGCAGAACUGGGGGCUACAAGAAUCUUCGACCUCGGCCUCGGAGAUGAUGAUGGCAACUUGGAGGAAGAUUUUAUUUCAUGGAAGGAACAGUUCUGGCCAGCCGUCUGCGGGUUUUUAGGAGUGCAGGCCACACAGGAGGAAUGCAGUGUUCGGCAGUUUGAACUGGUGGUCCACAAUGACAUCAAUAUGAAUGAAGUGUACACAGGCGAGCUGAGCCGUCUCCUGAGCUUUCAGCACCAGAAACCGCCUUUUGAUGCAAAGAAUCCCUUCUUGGCACCUGUAGUCAUUAACCGUAAGCUGAACAAAGGAGGAAGUCGCCAUUCGAUGCAUUUAGAACUGGAUAUCUCAGGCUCUAAAAUUAGGUAUGAUGCUGGAGACCACGUUGCUGUUUAUCCAGUGAACGAUGUGUCACUGGUGAAUAGACUGGGGGAGAGACUGGGUGUCGACCUUGACACAGUCAUCACACUGAAGAAUCUAGAUGAGGAGGCCAAUAAGAAGCACCCGUUCCCCUGCCCCACCACAUACCGCACCGCACUGACCCACUACUUGGAUAUCACCAAUCCUCUGCACACCAACGUGCUGUUUGACCUGUCCCAGUACGCUUCUGACCCCGAGGAGAAGGAGAUCUUGCGCAAGAUGGCCUGCUCUUCUUCUGAAGGCAAGGCUCUGUACCAUAGCUGGGUGGUGGAGUCCGAGAGGAACAUCCUGGCUGUUUUAGAGGAUCUGCCGUCCCUGCACCCUCCCAUAGAUCACCUCUGUGAACUUCUACCUCGUCUGCAGGCGCGCUAUUACUCCAUCGCCUCGUCUGCUAAGGUCCACCCCACCUCGAUACACAUCUGUGCGGUUGUGCUGGAGUACACUACCAAGACGGGACGCGUCUUCAAGGGUGUAGCCACCAACUGGCUCAAAAACAAAGUAGUGACUGACAGUAGCUCCAGGCCCACUGUGCCCAUGUACGUCAGGAAGUCGCAGUUCCGCCUCCCGUUCAAAGCCAGUACCCCUGUAAUUAUGAUCGGGCCUGGCACCGGCGUCGCUCCCUUCAUGGGCUUCAUCCAGGAGAGAGCAUGGCAGAAAGAACAAGGCAAGGAGACUGGUGAGACCGUACUUUAUUUCGGCUGUCGCCAUAGAAACGAGGACUUCAUUUACCAGGAGGAACUGGAAGAGUUUGAAAAGGCGGGUGUGCUGACUCAGCUACAUGUGGCUUUUUCCAGGGAUCAGGAGCACAAGGUCUACGUUCAACAUCUCCUCAAGCAGAACAAGGAUCAUUUAUGGAAGCUGAUCCACUCCAGCAAUGUACACAUAUACGUCUGUGGUGACGCUCGUAACAUGGCCAGGGACGUCCACGCUGCUUUCCACGAGAUCGCCGAAGAGGUUGGAGGCCUGACACACACUCAGGCUGUGGACUAUUUCCAGCGGCUGAUGACUAAAGGCCGCUACUCGCAAGACGUUUGGAGCUGAAACCAGGCAGACCGUGUUCAUCUCGUUGCCUCUGAUUUUAUGAACUUAGAUUAAAUGAGUGUUACAGCCUGAAGGCACAUUGUUGUGCCCAGAUGAGCUAAAGUGCCUGCAUGAACUGCACAGUGUGUGAAUUUGACAGUCAAACAGAGCUGCUUUCAGAUUUCUUCUGUGCAUGAAAUGUAUAUGAACCACUGAUAAACGGAGGUGGACCCUCAUCACACGGGACCCCAUCAAGUCUUCAUACCACUACAAACUGUGGCAAUGGAACACAAGCACUCCACUGCACAGACGUCAGUAUUAGGACAUUUAGCGUGAAAUAUGAAUGAUCAUAAUCGCAUUUAUUUAUUUAAAUAAAGUUUGAAAAGCUUAUGAAUAAACCAAAACAUU